AUGCGACGUCGCACACGAUCACGUGCCUUACUCUUGGGCAGCAUCCCUUUGGUUUUCUGCAAGCUGGACAGAUUGGGACCGCUUUUCGUGUCCGGAUGGUCCAGGCUGUCGCAAGGUCGAGAGAGGGCAACAGAAACUCCAGCACAAGCUACCAAGCAGCUCUGGGAUAUCGCUUGGGAUUCUCUGGUCCCUGCUGGACCCGAUGGGAGUCCCAUCACCAACCAGGAGCUGCUCCGAUUGUUCAAGGAGAGCGUAGAUGAGAGUUAUUUCGACGAUGACGGACUCAAGCAACUUCCCAGGGUAGACAAGAUCCCGCUCGAGAAGGGCUUCUUCGAGCGGAUGAAUGAAACUUUCUGGCGCUACGGUCCCCUGGUUGUCGCGCCGUUGGGCCCGCUCAGGACGGUCAGCGUGUCAGACCCUGGCAUCGUGAAGUACAUUCUUUCGCAGCGCGCACUUUUUGGCAAGGGAUUUCUGUCAGCAGUUGGACAAGACAUUUUUGGCAAGGCGCUGAUCACGGCAUCAGACCGCGAGCUUUGGCAAUCGAGACGCUCUGCAACAAGUGCUGGCUUCCAUGCACAAUGGUUGCGGAGCCUCUCUGAGGAUUUUGUCCUUUGCACUGCUCAGGCUGCUCGGAUCCUCGACGAUCGAGCCCGCUAUGGGGAGGUAGUGGAUAUGGAAAGUUUCUUUCUCAACCUGGCGCUCGAUACUGUGGGGCGCACAAUUUUCGGCUACGAUUUUCAGGCGAGCGAGCAGCCUUCUGACAGCCCGCAGUCGCCAAUUGUCAAGGCUGUGUACAGAGUCCUGAAGGAGACGGAGUACAGGCAAGCCAACCUUGGAAAUCUGCUUCUCAUGGGAGCUCCUGACGCCUUGGUUGACGUGGCAGCUCCAAAUGUGGCAGAGUUCAGGCAGAGCCUCCGGAGCAUUGAUGCUGUGCUCGACAAAGUCAUCGGUGCAGCUUUAGAUGAGCAAAGCCUCACAGAUGAAGAGGACCUCCGGCGCCGAUCAGGUGGCACACUACUUCAAUUCAUUGUGGACCUUCGUGGAAAGCAGGUCACCAGGGAGCAGCUGCAGGAUGAUCUGCGCACCUUGCUGAUUGCGGGCCAUGAAACCGUGGCCAGUACACUGACGUGGGCCAUCUAUGAACUGGCCAAAAACCCCGAGGCCAUGGCAAAGGCCAAGCAAGAGGUGCGCAGAGUGUUGGGCGGUCGUUCCGAACCCACCUACCAGGACGUCAAAGACCUGAAGUACAUCAGGCUUGUCCUGACAGAGACCUUGCGGCUGUUUCCAGCACCGCCAGUGCUGGCUCGGAGCCCCCUUCAGUCCAUCACGUUGCCUACUAAUGGCAGCAAUGUCACAUUGAACCGGGGGACGUUAUUGCUUCUUCAGCUUACCCAACUCCAUCGGCACCCGGGCAUCUACGCACGCCCAAACGAGUUCUGGCCCGAGCGAUGGGAGAAAGCCUUCAACAGCACAGGAACUUACCCGGUGGAAGGAUGGCGCGGCUAUGAUCCAGCAAGGGCUACCGGCCUGUACCCCACAGCUCUUGCCACUGACUAUGCCUUCGUGGGAUUUGGAGGCGGUGAGUUCCAGUGUGUGGGGGAUCAGUUUGCCAUGAUUGAAGGCACGAUCAUUCUGGCGAUGCUUCUUCAGAGGUACAACUUCAAGUUGGUCUACGAUGAUUUGGAUACCAUUGGCUUGGACAUGGCUGCUACAAUCCACACCAGGCGAGGCGGUAGAGAAGCCCAAACGUAUAGGCUACCUGCAGGCCUAUGCAUAGAGCCUACGGUAGCCUACCGCAACCCCAUCCGUACGGGCCUACGGGUAGGCUUGUGGGUAGGCUACCCGUGGGCCUACAUAUUGGCCUGA